GCCUCCCUCCCCGACUUCCGGGUCGCGGUGUUUGCAGGGAGCGUUUGACUAACAGCGUCGUUUCCGUUGCCGGCUGUUUGCAGUUGGGGAAACCGAGGCAGCUCCAGCUUCCCCUAGUUCUUCCGCUGCUGUGAGGAAAAAAUGUUUGUUACUUUGUGGGAGUUCUUCUAUGGGCACUUUUUUCGGUUUUGGAUGAAAUGGCUCUUACGACAGAUGACUGGAAAGUGUGAAUUGCAGCGAAUUUUUGAUACCUACGUGGGUGCCCAAAGGACACACAGGAUAGAAAAUUCCUUGACAUACUCCAAGAAUAAGAUUUUACAGAAAGCAACACAAGUUAUUCAGAGUGAAGUGGACAGAUGUGUAGAAGAUAUAAUGAAGGAAAAGAACAUUAACCCUGAGAAGGAUACCAGUUUUAAAAUCUGCAUGAGGACGUGCUUACUACAGAUAACUGGUUAUAAACAGCUAUAUUUGGAUGUAGAAAGUGUGAGGAAAAAGCCAUAUGAUUCUGAUAAUCUGCAGCAUGAAAAGCUACUCCUGAAGCUUUGGAAUCUUCUAAUGCCCACAAAGAAGUUGACAGCCAGAAUCUCCAAGCAGUGGGCUGACAUUGGUUUCCAGGGUGAUGAUCCUAAGACAGACUUCAGAGGCAUGGGUAUACUCGGAUUAAUCAAUCUUGUGUAUUUCAGUGAAAAUUACACCAGUGAAGCUCAUCAGAUUCUUUCCCGCUCAAAUCAUCCAAAAUUAGGGUAUUCUUAUGCAAUAGUUGGAAUCAAUCUCACAGAGAUGGCUUAUAGCUUGCUGAAGAAUGAAGCUUUGAAGUCUCAUCUCUACAACUGUGUUCCUGGUGUACCAACAAUGGAACAUUUUCACCAGUUUUAUUGUUAUCUUGUCUAUGAAUUUGACAAAUUUUGGUUUCAAGAAGAACCAGAAAGCAUUAUGUAUUUCAACCUGUACAGAGAGAAGUUUCAUGAAAAGAUUAAAGGACUCUUAAUGGAUUGCAAUGUAGCACUUACUUUAAAAAUGUAAAUCAUCCAUAGUAUCUUCUAUUUCUACCACAUUUUGCACACACAACAGAAUUUAUAUGUUGUAAUAGAAAGUAUCUGAUCAAUUACACUCUUAUAUAUAAUUUCCUACGAAAAUACUUCAGAAAUUCUAUUUAAGAAAGCUAGUGGACAAUCAGUGUAUGUUUACAAUUGUUUAUACACUGUUCUCCAAAGGUACCUUAUGCUUCCAAAGAUCCCCUCUGUAGAGCCAUGUCAGCUACAGUUUGGAAUUUGGGACUUAGCCCGUUGUGGAAAAGUAUAAAUCAGGUAUUUAUAUUAAAUUGGUUGAUUAAAAUGUGUACAAGUCAGUUUUCA